UCGUCCAUUUCCCUCCCAAAACCCUAGCCCCCAAAUCAGGCCACCCGCUCCCAUGGCGCGCUCGAGCUCCGUCACCGAGGCCGAGGUCGGCAUCGCCUGCUUCACCUCCUCCCUCCCGGGCUUCCGCGGCGUCCUCAAGCACCGCUACUCCGACUUCAUCGUCCACGAGGUCGCCCGCGACGGCUCCGUCGUCCGCCUCACCUCCCUCGAUCUCCCCGACCAGUGCGUGGAUGCCAAGGAGGAGGAGAAGGCGGCGCCGGCGGCCGACGCCGACCACUCCAAGGCCCUCGAGUCGUUCAGCGGGCUCUGCGGCGAGGCGGACUGCCGCGCGCUUAGGGGGCUUCUGGAGAAGGUCGCGGCCGGCGGCGAGGGUGAAUUCUCGCCGGUUAUGCUCUCGCCUGAUGCCGACAAGGCUCAUCGAUCGGAGGUGCACAAUUUUUUCAAGAAGAACUUCAAGUUCUUGGUCACAGACACAGUUGAACACAGCGAUGGGGUUCAGAAAUACAUCAGGGUGCGCGUUGGAUCUGAAGCUGGAGGAGGGCGGGGCCGUGGCGGUGGUGGGAGGGGUGGUGGUGACAGAGGAAGGAAGAGGAAGAACAUGAAUGGCUCUGACUGGGGAGACGACAGGCCAUUUGACAGUAGAGGGUCGUCUAGUUGGCCAGCUCAUGCUGGCAAGUUCCUGAGGUUUCACCUUUGCAAAGAAAACAAGGACACCCAAGAUGCAUUGGGAGUGAUAGGAAAAAUGUUAGGACUCCAGUCACGCUCGUUUGGGUUUUCUGGAACAAAGGAUAAACGUGCUGUUACGACGCAACAGGUUACCGUUUUCAAGGUGCCAGCAAAUAAAAUAGCUGCACUUAAUAAGCGACUAUAUGGCAUCAAAGUUGGAAACUUCUGUUAUGUAAAGGAGGGACUUGGUCUUGGUCAACUCAUGGGAAAUCGGUUUACAAUUACCCUGAGAGGUGUUGUUGCAGAAUCGGAAGACAUGAUAAAGGCUGCUGUGGAUGGUUUAGGAAAGAACGGUUUUAUCAACUACUAUGGUUUGCAGCGCUUUGGAAGUGGUUCAGUACCAACCCACCUUAUUGGAGCUGCUUUGCUUAGAGGAGAAUGGAAAAGUGCUGUACACUUGGUUCUUGAUCCAAGGGAAGGAGAGCGUGAUGACAUAAAGGAGGUGCGUGAACAUUACAAGCAACAUGGUGAUAUUGAUAUGGCUCUGAGGAACUUCCCUCGCCAUCUUGUGGCUGAGAAGGCUAUUCUUCAAUGUUUGAGGAAAUGCCCUGGGAACUAUCUACAAGCAUUGAAGGGUAUACCAAGACCGUUAAGAAUGAUGUAUGUCCAUGCUUACCAAAGUUACCUUUGGAAUCAUGCUGCCAGCAUGAGAGUUGAAAAGUAUGGCAUUUCACAGGUUAUAGAGGGUGAUCUAGUUUAUACCAAGGAAAGCCAUCCUGGAGAAGCAACUUCAGUGGGUACUUCAGAAGUUGAUAGCCUUACAAAUGCGUCUGAAAUUGAUAUUUGCCUUGAAGCACUUCCAGAAGAAAAUAUCCAGUCUGUGAAGCUCGUUGAUUCUGAAGAUUUAACGAAGGGCAUCUACUCGUUUGAAGAUGUCGUCCUUCCUUUGCCUGGUUCACAAGCAUUGUUCCCUGGGAAUGAAGUUGCUCAGAUUUACCAUGAAAUGGCUAAAAAGGAUGGCAUUAGCUUGACAGAGAAUGCUCAUGGUGUGAAGGAGUUCUCAAUUACAAGCAUGAAAGGAGGUUACCGUCGGGUGUUCCAGAAGCCUAUUGAUUUUGAGUGGGAACUCAUGACAUACACGGAUGACAGUGCAUCUUUAGCAGAAACCGAUUUGGAUAUUCUCUCCAAAGGCAAGCUUACUGAAGCAAAGGUAGCUAAUGAGCCUGCACCUAGUGGAAAUUCUGCCUCCAAUCCACCUGAUUGCAAGUUGGAAGAGCCAUUGGAGACCUCCAUGCCAACCAGUGAAACUAGCUUAGUAGAAAACAAGUCUAUUGGCAGCUCAGAUACAUUGCCAAGCAAACUGGCUGUAAAAUUAGCAUUUACUUUACCUGCAUCGUCCUAUGCUACAAUGGCAAUCAGGGAGUUGCUGAAGGAUUCGACCUCGGUUGCCUACCAGAAAACGCUUGAUUGCUAAGUUUCUCGCCGACAUCAGUUCUCAAUGGAAACUGGUCUGUGAUGGCAUUAUUGAGGAUGUGACAUGGCUAAGCUACAUGACAUGAGUAGCUCGAGCUUCAGUUGGAUCCAUGAACCAGCAAAUGAACCAUGUGGUGAUGCUCCCGUCUGGCGCAUGCAAGCAAGCAAUAUGAUUGUUAAAAAACCAUGUGCCGAGCGCAACACUUAUGGUCCAUAUUCUGUACUAGAACGGGUCGUGCCGUGUCGUGCCGUAAUAAAGCUUGUAUGACCUAUGACUUCUGUAACAAGAUUGAGAUAUAGAAUCGUGCUGCGCUGGUCAACUCAACGAAGGCCAAGGUUUUGCUGAA